CUUAUGUUUGAAUUAUUAGAAACCGUCAAACGUUUAACCGAAACCAACAUGGCAGCAGGAAAUUUAAAAGACCCAAAUGAAAAACAAGCAGCGGCACUUCAACACUUUCUCGAAACUAACAUCAUCAUUGUCAGUUCGAAGAAGGAAUUGACUGAAAUGUCGCAACGUUUGACUGCAACAAAUGACGCCGUCGGAUAUCUGACAAAAGAGCUGCUCGUCACCAAGGCCAAAGUUGGAGCUUUGACUGCAGAGCUGAAAGUGAAUGGAGGACUAGCGUCCAGCAUAGGAAGAAUGCCGAAUUCAUGCAGAGAUUUACUGCAGAUAGGACACAGACAAAGCGGAUUGUAUUCCGUCAUGGGAGCCAAACAAGUCGAGACUCUUUACUGCGACUUUACCCAGACGCCAGGAGAUGAAGAUUUCCAGAGGUGGGUUGGCUUCAAUGACGUGAAAUCAAAACCCACUUACUUCCACGUCUCGAGAGCCUUGCCGUACAACGAGACGAUAACACCAAUUCCAUUCACACGAGCCAUACUCAACCAGGGAGGGGCCAUGAAUAAAGAAACGGGAAAAUUCACGGCUCCGGUGGCGGGUGUCUACUUUUUCUACUUCACCGGAACCGUAUUUUUGCCCACGGCGACAUCUUCAGCUUCUUCAACCAGACCGGAUUUUACAAUGUGCCUAUUCAAAAACUCAAAUUGCGUCGAGUGGCUGCUGGAGAGGCCAGACGAAAUCAGCACAGGGAAUCGACACGAAAGAAUCGCCUUGCAAUCGACCGUCAAUUUGAAACAGGGCGAUCAAAUCUGGCUGGCCAUUGGCAAGAAAAAGUCGCCAGGAGGUUACCUGGUCGGGGACGCUCUAACAAACUUCAAAGGUUUUCUAAUCCAAGAAGACAUUUCGCAGUCCCUACACGUCGUACCCUAAUUUCGAUUACCUCUCGCUUAUAUAAAAGAAGAAAAAUACACUUUUACCUGUCGUUAUCAAAGAUUGAAGCUGAAAUUGUCCAUUAAGGUCCUCCGCAUGUCCAGGAGAAGAAAGUGAAUCAACUGCAAUGAAA